GCGUCAAACGUCAUCUUCCUGGUAGCACAGGAGAUUCAUAUUAAAACACCUGUCAAGAGUAAAGGUCUGUAAAGUCGAAGUAGAGUAUCCAGGAUAGUGGUAUAAUGUCAGCUGACUGUGCCUUCCUGCUGCUGAGCUGCUGACUGACAUCAUUAUCAUCAUCAUGUCCCCGUGUGACAACCCUCACCUGGUGCUCGGCAGGAUCCGCUUCCUAAACAAAUGCAUCGAGAGUUUCAGGAGGAGCGAGCUGCUGCCAGAGUCCCUGUGCUAUGUCCCAAAGGAGGUGUGCUACAAAAUCUGCAAGGACUCCUCAUCCCCUGCUUCUGCCUCAUCCACAGCAUCCGCUGGAGUAUCCAUCUCUGGAAAAACCCUAAUUUCCAUCUUUGAAAGUCCACACCAGAUCCCCCACAGCAAGAGGACAUGCAAGUACAAUAUUGAACCAAAGAAAGGGACAUGUAUCAGGACAACAGGUGAAGAAUACUGCAACAGCCAGGGCCUGUGGGUGAAAAUCAGCAAGGAGCAGCUGGAGGAGUACCGUCCAGGUCAGGAGUUGGAGGAAGGCUGGAUUCUGGUGUGUAAACACACGGAGGGUGGUGACAGACUGGUGCCAGUCGAGUCACCAAAGAACAUCAUCAUGCAGCAGCAGCUCCUUGGCUAUGACCACAAACCCUGCAACCGGUGGGAGCAGGUGGUUGAUGUGGAAAACUCAUUUUACAUUGGUGCCAAACCUAAAAUCGCUGAGUGUGACGACGCGGCCGUCCAGAAGCUAAGGUAUGUUCCUCCCACCUGGACGUAUGAAUGUGACGAGGACCUGGUGCACUACUUCUAUGACCACAUUGGGAAAGAGGACGAGAACCUGGGGAGCGUGAAGCAGUGUGUUACCAGCAUCGAUGUUUCUUCAUGCUCGGAGGAUCCCAGUGGAGGAGUGAGCUGUCUGACAGACGGCGACAUUGAAACCUACUGGGAGAGCGAUGGCAUGCAGGGACAACACUGGAUCCGCCUCCACAUGAAGAGAGGCACCGUGGUAAAUAAGCUGUUAUUGUCCGUGGACUCGACAGACGACAACUACAUGCCCAAGAGAGUCACAGUGUAUGGAGGAGAAGGAGACAACCUCAAAAAAAUUAGUGAUCUCACCUUAGAGGACAACUUGAUUGGAGAAGUGUGUGUACUGGAGGACAUGACAUCCCACCUCCCUGUCAUUGAAAUCCGAAUUGAGGAAUGUAAAGAGGAGGGAAUAGACGUCCGGAUCAGAGGCUUGAAGAUAAAAUCAUCAUGUGAGAGGGACCUUGGUCUGAACGCUGAUAUUUUCCAGUCCUCUAACCUGGUGCGCUACCCCCGUCUGCAGGGCACCCCAUCUGAUGUGCUCUACCGCAGGGCAUUAAUCAUCCAGCGGUUCAUCUGUCUCCUGGACAGUGCACUCCCUCAUGUGGUGCCAGCCUGGGACUACAGUCUGGGGACCUUCAAUCAUAUCAAAGGCAUAAAACAGUUCCUGCUGCUGUCAAAGUGUCGCACAGCUCUCAUCACUCAGUGCCUCAAGGACUCUGAGACCAGUAAACCAAAUUUCAUGCCCCGACUUUACAUCAACAGACGUCUGGCCAUGGAACACAGAGACAAUCCGUCUCUAGACCUGGGCUGCAAGAACGCUGUGUUCAACCAGGUGUUUGAAGGCCUCAAGCCAUCAGACAAAUUAGAGAAGAUGUUGGAUUAUAGGUGGCCUGCUCGCUAUGAUCAGUGGUGGGAAUGUAAGUUCAUUGCAGAGGGAAUUAUUGACCAGGGAGGUGGAUUUCGUGACAGCUUGGCAGACAUGUCUGAGGAGCUUUGUCCCAGCUCAGCCGAGUGUCCCAUGCCUCUGCCGUUCUUCUGCCGUACAGCCAAUCAGGGCGCCUUAGAAGCAAGAGAUUACUACGUCCCCAACCCAUCCUGUAAAGAGUUAAACAAGUAUGAGUGGAUUGGUCAGCUAAUGGGAGCUGCUCUCAGAGGAAAAGACUUCUUAGUCUUGGCUCUGCCCGGGCUGGUGUGGAAGCAGCUGACUGGGGAAGCCAUCAGCUGGAGUAAAGAUUUCCCUGCUGUAGACUCAGUGCUGGUAAACCUGCUGGAGGCCAUGGAGAACAUGGACAAGGAGACGUUUGAGUUCAGGUUUGGGGAGGAGCUGGUGUACACCACACUGCUUAGCAAUGGCCAGAUGGUGGAGCUCAUCCCUGGUGGCAGCAAUGUGGCAGUUCGCCAUGAGGAUCGCACUGAGUUUGUCCGCCUGGUGCAGGAAGCUCGGCUAGAGGAGAGCAAGAAGCAGAUUGCAGCCAUGCAGGCGGGGCUGCUGAAGGUGGUUCCUCAGGCGGUGCUAGACCUGCUCACCUGGCAGGAAGUUGAAAAAAAAGUGUGUGGAGACCCGGAGAUUACUGUGGAAGCCUUGAAACGACUCACAAGAGUUGAAGACCUGGAGCAAAGUGAUGUUAGAGUGCAGUACUUGUGGGAAGCGCUGACCAACUUCACCAACGAGGAUCGCAGCAGGUUUCUGAGGUUUGUAACUGGUAGAAGUCGUCUUCCUGCACCUAUCUACAUCUUUCCUGGCAAAUCGGGCUCUGAAACAACAGAUGCACUACCACAGUCCUCCACAUGUUCCAGCACGCUUUAUUUACCCAGCUAUCCAAGUGCAAAGGUUUGUGAAGAGAAGCUUCGUUACGCUGCAUACAACUGUGUGGCCAUUGACACAGACAUGAGCCCCUGGGAAGAAUGAUCUUUCUGCUGCUUCACUUAACAAACUGCAUACUUUACAAAUCAGAUGAAUGGGGGAAAAAAGGCUUGCCAGAUGUAUCACUAUAUCUACAUGCCAAUGCCAAUUAACCAAGCUGUAUAUAAUAAAGAACUUUAUGGAAAUAUGGA